AUGGCUGAAAUCCUCGGUGCCACAGCCAGCGCUAUCAGUCUUUUCACAUUAUUAGAACAAAUUGUCCAAAGCAUAGACAGGCUAAAAGCCGUACGCUCAUUUAUGAAAAAUGCUGCCACAGAGUUUCAAGAAUUCAUUGAUGAUAUUGAGCUUGUGCAGAUCAUUUUGGUAAGACUAAGGCCAGAAAUGCUGGAAGCUAUCAAUCUUCCCUCUAUGGAGAGACGUCUGCGUGCCUUUCAGAGAGACCUGGAUGCUCUUGCAUAUAAAAUGCACAAGUUCAAGAAUCAAACCACAAACGGAAGGCUGGCAAUUAUGAAACUUGCCUUGAAAAAAGAUAUUUUCCAAGUCCAGAAGCAACACCUGGAUAGCAUCAAGACGACAAUGAUGCUCCUUCAGCAAACGUACUCUCGACCCGAACGGUGUCAGAGUUUCGAACAGUGGUAA